AUGCCUUCUAAAAAUAAUCGGGAGCUUGAAGAGAGUGGUGGUGAAGAUGAAUUCCAGGUGGAGAAGAUUCUUAAGGUCCGUAUCAGAAAUGGUCAAAAGGAGUACUUCUUAAAGUGGAAAGGUUAUUCAGAAGAAGAUAACACUUGGGAACCAGAGGAAAAUUUAGAUUGUCCUGAUUUGAUCAAGGAAUUUGAAGAGCGACGAGCUCGUGAAAGAACCCCACUGACCAGUCCUGCUAGAACAUCGGCGAGUACAGAAUCUCGUUCACGUAACCGAUCAAAAGGUUCAUCACUUGGUUCAGACACCUCUAAAGAAGCAAAUGAAGAAGCCCCACAACCUGUUCGAAAAAAACGUACAUCUAGCAUUCCUGCAAGUACAGAAGAGACAACCAGUGAGGUGGCAAGUGUUCCUGAAGAGCCAAAAGAGACAGUAGAAGAAGGGGAAGAAGAAGAGGAACCGAAAGCCAAAGUUGCUAAGACGGUCACCAAAACUCGUGGAUUUGCUCGUGGACUUAAAGCUGAACGAAUCAUUGGAGCUACUGAUUCAAGUGGUGAAUUAAUGUUCCUAAUGAAAUGGAAAGAUUCUGAUGAAGCUGAUCUAGUACCUGCUCGUGAAGCUAAUAUCAAAUGUCCACAAGUUGUUAUUCGAUUCUAUGAAGAAAGACUAACAUGGCAUACUCCAGAAAAUCGUUCUGGUACUCCACGUUCAAGUGCAACUACGCCGAGUACAGCAACUGCGACAGCACGCACUUAA